AAAUUAUAUAAUUUUUUAUUUAUUAAUGAUAUAUAUGUCAUGCGUCACAUGUGAUCUCUUAUGCCAGCCAUUAUAUUAGUUAGGCCCUUCUAAGAUAUUAUAAUAAAGAUGUGCGAUGCUGCAUCUAUUAAAAAACUAAUAUGGGAUGGUAAUAUUGCUAUUUCUCUAACUUUAGCUAAGGAUGAAUUGAAUACUGUUGGAAUUCCUGAACCUUAUUUUCUUAUGAUACCAAGGUUCUUCUAUUAUCCUCUUAUAUGGAUUAAAAUAAAGCAUUAUUAUGUACAUCUAGACAACAAAUUAAAGGAUAAAAGUUUAUUUUGGCUUGAAAAUAAUGGAAAACCAUUAAAAUGGAAUUAUCCCAUUGGUGUUCUUUAUGAUACAUAUCAAAAUAAAAUUACAAAACCUUGGAAUUUAGUUAUUCACUUUGAGAAUUAUCCUUAUCAACAGUUAUUGCAAUAUACAGCUGAAACAAUAGAAGCACUCUUUUUUUCUAUGCUAAAAGAAGCAGAUUAUCUUAAAAGUAAAAGUCAAAACAUAAAUUCAUUACAAAAAAAGGAUUUGAAUCAACUUUGGCAGAGUUUAAUUUCAAAUGAUUUUGACUUAUUUUGGAAGAUCAAUUGCAAACUUUAUCAAAUUCCUUUGCCUAAGGAUCUCCAAAUAUAUCACCUACCAUUCCGAAUAUACAUAAAUGAUGAGAUUGUCCAAAAUCGUUUUCCCUUUUAUAAUACGAAAUCAUUAAAUCACGAUUCUGGGAACCCUUAUUUAGCUCAUAAGUUAACCGAGCUAUUGACGUUUUGUGAUAUUAAUAGUGAAAAUUCAAAGCAGGAUAUUGAAAAAUCAAAUAUUAUUAAAUAUGAUUUUAAUACGAAUUCAUUACAUGAUAAUAAUAAUUACCAUAAACAAUGUAAAAAAAUUUGUAAAAGAUGUAUAUGUCAUGGUAUCGAUAUUCCCCUGGAAACACCCCUUACAUACCUCUAUCAAAAUUUAAGUAACCCAGAUAAUUUUCUACACCUUAUAAUAAAAUCAUAAAAUUUGUUCAUAUUAAUUAUGUUAUGAUGCAUUACUGACGAUCCCUUACUUACCUCUAUCAUAAUGUAAGUUAUUAAGUUAAUUUUCUUAUUUGUAAUAAAUCAAAAGUUCAUAUUAUUUAUAUUGUGAUGCAUUCCUGAUAAUAUUUGUUUUUGGAUCAUAUAUCUAUAAAAUAAAUGUACAUUUUGAUAUUGUAUCAUGUAUAAAUAAUUUUUAUUAUUUCUAAAUAUUUAUUAAAAAUGUUUGAAACUCAACCUUUA